UGUUGCAAUGUCGAGUGUGUUGUUCAAGUAAAAGUAUUUUGUGCGUGCAAAACAGUUCAAUCCAUUGUCGGAAUUGUUGUAGAAUUGUGGCUUUAAUGUAGUAAAAAUGAUCUCGAAUGCAUUGUGCGAUCUGGAGAAAUGUGUGGACACUGCCGGGGUCCAGCUCGAUACGCUCGCCCUUAAAUUAACAGAUGUGGAGCGCAAUCUGGACGAGAAUGAGUUAGAGUCGCUGGAAAAUGAAUCCGUCAUGGAGUUGCUGGAGUCCGUGACGGAGGUGAAAAACGAGUAUCAAAAUUUACGCAAAGAUUUGCAGGAGGUGCAGCAGCUGCAGAAGGAAAUGACAAACUCGCUUCGCUAUCAGUUGCGAAACAUGACGCAAACGUUCCGUGGGCUGAAGAAAAAAAUCGAAUCUAACUCCAUACCCGUGCACCUGGUACCGCCACCGGCCGGAUCGUCUUCCCGUGGUGCGGGACACGAAGCGCGUGACGGGCAGCAUCAGUCGCAUCCACAGCCGCCCCAGCUACUGCCUCAGCCGGAUCUGACCGUGCACGAUCAUGGACCGCGGCGUGCCAUGGGCAUCCUGAAGAGUGUCAGUAAGAACUGAGUAAACCGUUCCCGUGCAUCGUUUGGUAAAAUUCGAAGCACUGUCCUCGCUGGUAUCGAUCAGCUCACGACAAGCAUCGUCUGCCGAGUGCUAUCGGGCAUCACGCAUUACGUUCCCAUACGCUAGUUUUGAAAAAAAUACAACACAUCAUCAUCGUUAUCGUUGGAGUGACUUUCCAACAACACACCCACCACCCACCAUGCGAAAGGAUAGCGGCGGCCACAAAUAGCCUGUCAGAACGGUGUGCUCCGGCUGUCGAAUGGUGUCGAACGAUCGAACCAUCAUCUGCUCCUGUGUGUGUGUGUGUGUGUGU